GGCCGAGGCCGGACGUUACGGCCGGAUCGCGGAGCCGCGAGCAGGGCUGAGUAGCGGCCGCGGCCACCGCGGGACGGCGCCGCUCUCCGCUACGGGCUUCCCGGUCGCCGUUGGCUGCACUGCCGGCCUCGGUAGAUCUUUGGAUGAAGCCAUUAAACUGACUGCUUGCCAUCAUGAGCAGAAGCAAACGUGACAACAAUUUUUAUAGUGUAGAGAUUGGAGACUCUACCUUCACAGUCCUAAAACGAUACCAGAAUUUAAAGCCAAUAGGCUCAGGGGCUCAAGGAAUAGUGUGUGCAGCUUAUGAUGCCAUUCUUGAAAGAAAUGUUGCAAUCAAGAAGCUCAGCCGGCCAUUUCAGAAUCAGACUCAUGCUAAGCGAGCCUACCGAGAACUAGUUCUUAUGAAAUGUGUUAAUCACAAAAAUAUAAUUGGGCUUUUGAAUGUUUUCACACCACAGAAAUCCCUAGAAGAAUUCCAAGAUGUUUACAUAGUCAUGGAGCUCAUGGAUGCAAACCUUUGCCAAGUGAUUCAGAUGGAGUUAGAUCAUGAAAGAAUGUCCUACCUUCUCUAUCAAAUGCUGUGUGGAAUCAAGCACCUUCACUCUGCUGGAAUUAUUCAUCGGGACUUAAAGCCUAGUAAUAUAGUAGUCAAAUCAGACUGCACUUUGAAGAUCCUUGAUUUCGGACUGGCAAGGACUGCAGGGACGAGUUUUAUGAUGACGCCUUAUGUGGUGACUCGCUACUACAGAGCACCAGAGGUCAUCCUUGGCAUGGGCUACAAGGAGAACGUUGACAUUUGGUCAGUUGGGUGCAUCAUGGGAGAAAUGAUCAAAGGUGGUGUUUUGUUCCCAGGUACAGAUCAUAUUGAUCAAUGGAAUAAAGUUAUUGAACAGCUUGGAACACCUUGUCCUGAGUUUAUGAAGAAGCUACAACCAACAGUAAGGACUUAUGUCGAAAACAGACCUAAAUAUGCUGGAUAUAGUUUUGAGAAACUAUUCCCUGACGUGCUUUUCCCAGCUGACUCAGAGCAUAACAAACUUAAAGCCAGUCAGGCAAGAGAUUUGUUAUCCAAAAUGCUAGUAAUAGAUGCAUCCAAAAGGAUCUCUGUAGAUGAAGCUCUCCAGCACCCAUACAUCAACGUCUGGUAUGAUCCUUCAGAAGCAGAAGCCCCACCACCAAAGAUCCCUGACAAGCAGUUAGAUGAGAGGGAACACACAAUAGAGGAGUGGAAAGAACUGAUAUACAAGGAGGUAAUGGACUUGGAAGAGCGAACUAAGAAUGGAGUCAUAAGAGGGCAGCCAUCUCCUUUAGGUGCAGCAGUGAUCAAUGGCUCUCAGCAUCCAUCGUCUUCACCGUCUGUCAAUGACAUGUCUUCAAUGUCCACAGAUCCGACUUUGGCCUCGGAUACAGACAGCAGUCUAGAAGCAUCGGCCGGACCUCUGGGCUGUUGUAGAUGACUACUUGGGACUUGGGA